ACCGCACGCGCUACAUAACACUUAGCAAGCAGGUCGUUAGAAACUUCCAACAGUAUGAGAUAUGUCUUAGUGAGAGAAUGCUAAUGGACAGUUUUGCAAUGCCAGGACCUUUGGAAUGUUAUAAAAAGGCGGAUUUACAGUUAGACUGAGUUAGUUGCGUGGUGUCUGUUGUGUAUUUGGAGGCUGGUUUGAUUUAGCUUAGCGUAGAGCAGGUGUGAUACACUUGGUCUAGACUGCUUCAUCAGGUAGAUAGAGUAUGGAUCCAUUGGGUGCACGCUCCCAGUUUGUGAUUGUGGAGACUCUACCCACCUGGGACCAGCCUGAAGACGUGGUUGAUGGCAAGGAGGAAGCAAAAUUUUAUGAGGGAGAAGAGGUUGACGAGCUGACUGAUUUAAACCACAUAAACACUCCAGUUUCUCCAUUUCCAUUCAGAGAGGAUAUCAACAGGAAGAUUAUUCUAUUCAAAGGCGAUGUGGCACUUUUAAACUGCACUGCCAUCGUGAAUACGAGCAACGAGACUCUUACAGACAAGAACCCGAUCUCAGAGAGCAUUCACAGACAUUCUGGCCCUGAGCUCAGGGAUGAACUUUUCAAACUGAAAGGAUGUCGAACAGGGGAGGCGAAAAUGACAGAAGGCUUUAACUUGGCUGCACGAUUUGUUAUACAUACAGUUGGCCCCAAAUAUAAAGUCAAGUAUCGCACAGCUGCUGAGAGCUCCUUAUACAGCUGCUAUAGAAAUGUCAUGCAACUGGCCAAAGAGCAUGGUAUGGUCUCCGUGGGUCUUUGUGUGAUCAGUACCUCAAAGAGAGGAUAUCCACUUGAAGAUGCUACUCACAUAACGUUUCGGACUGUACGCAGGUUUCUCGAGAACCAUGGAGAAAGCAUAGAGACUGUAGUGUUUGCAGUGUCAGAUACUGAGGAGGCAGCAUAUAAGAAGUUGCUGCCACUUUAUUUCCCACGCUCAAAGGAGGAGGAGCGAGCCAGUCUGCCCCUGCUGCCUGCUGACAUCGGGAAUGCAGAGGGGGAGCCGGUGGUUCCUGAGAGGCAGAUCCGCAUAACGGAGAAGCCUGGCAGCCUGGAAGAUGGCUCCGAUGACGACUCUGAAGACUCAGACAUGGGACUGGUUGGUAAUCACGCUUUUGCAAGAAUGGAAGGAGAUGUGGAUAAGCAGCGAAGGCUCAUUAUUCAGGGUCAGCUUUCUGAAGCAGCUCAGCAAAAACAGCACCAAAGAAACUAUACCCGUUGGCUGUGCAGAGCGCGAGCGGAGGACCUCUCGGACAUAGCGGCGCUAAAGGCCUUGUAUCAAACCGGUGUUGACAUGUGUGGCAGAACAGUAAUGGUGGUGGUGGGCAGAAACAUACCAGUAACUCUUAUUGAUAUGGAGAAGGCUUUGUUAUAUUUUAUCCAUGUGAUGGACCACAUCACCGUAAAGGAAUACGUGAUGGUGUACUUCCACACUCUCACCAGUGAACAUAAUCACCUAGACACUGACUUCCUCAAGAGGCUCUAUGAUAUUGUUGAUUUGAAGUUUAAAAAAAAUCUGAGGGCUUUCUACUUCGUUCAUCCCACGUUUCGCUCUAAGGUGUCCACAUGGUUCUUUACUACAUUUAGUGUUCCUGGGAUAAAGGAGAAGGUUCAUCACAUAGAGAAUCUACAACAGCUCUUCACUUGCAUCUUACCUGAACAGAUAGACAUUCCCCCCUUUGUGCUGGAAUACAACAGCAGGAUGAAUGGCUCAUUCUGAACUUCCCACUCAUCAAGACUAUAAAAUAAGCCUUGCAGUUGGUUUUAACUAAGCCUUCUUUGAAUGCCCGGCAUUUAGUUGAACUUUAUGAGGAUGUUGGCAUGUUCAAGCCUGUCCCUCAUGUUACAAUGAUGCAUGUGAAACUGCUGAAGAAGACUGACUCAAUGGUAUCUUCUCCGCUCAUGAAGUUUGCCGUGCUGCAACACUUUGCACUGGUAACAUUUCACUGACUGAUGCAUGUGAUUGUCUGACUGACCAGAAAAGCAGAAAGGUAAAAUGUUAACUGCUUUUGAAUGUCUACAGCGUUCUUGCAGUGUAAAAAACAGUUCUACAUUCUCUAAAUAAUCAAUCAUCUGUAAGGCUUUCUUUUAUUCUUAAUGCACACAAUCUGGUUACUCCCUAUGUAAACUACAUGCGUAAGCUGCUUUAUUUCUGAAUGUGAUUUGAUACAAAUUGUCAUGACUGAACCGUGGCCAAAUGAAAUUUAAAUGGCGCAAGUUAAAAUCGUAGUUCUUUAAGUAUUUAAUUAAAUAUUUUUUAUGUUCUCUUUCUUGCACACUAUUAUUGAAUAAUAAUUUUCUCAUAGAGACAGUCUGGAUUUUUGUAGUAGCCCUUUACACUUCAGCCUUUUUAAAUAGUUUUCUCUUUGUGUCUAAUUCCAUAGAAUCUUUUUUGUCAGCUUUGGAAUAUUUUAUUAUAUGUUUUAGUCUUUUAUAGACCAUUCUGGCCCAGGUACAUGAGAAUAAAGAGUUGUAAUGAAAAAGUACUUUGUUUGUUUGCAUCUAAUACACUAUUAGAACGCUGUUUGCUCUAGGUACACCUGAUGAUGUGAAAGGAAAACUAGAAUAAGUGUGAUUUCUAUUGUGCUGAGUGAGAAGUCAUUCAAUUUACUAAAGGUGGUGAGCUUUUUAUAUCAUUAUUUUAAUGAAUUGUAAAUGUAUCAGUAUUUGCGAUCAAAGGCAUCGAUUAGAAGGUUGUAAUCCUCACUCUUUUGAUAUUUUGUUAUUAUAAGAACUCUUACAGAAAUUUACAAUGAAAAGUUUUUAAUGUGCACUAUCCAGUGGAACCCAUCUGGUGUCCAAACGCUUUAUUUCUGUAAUUAUUCUCUACAUACUGUAUAUUGUACAUAGAUUGCUGUCCCAGUGGUAAUAUUUUUUGCUGUAUAUCGAAGCAUUUAAAAUAUCCUUUUAGAUUAAUAUAAGACAAAUAAAUACCCUUUCCUCUUA